CACAGUCUGAUAGGAUGUCUCCGGUCACGUGACGGGAAGCGCAGCAUUUUCAGCUGAAAACGAGCUAGGAUAGUCGGGAAUCGCAUAUCCAGGAGUUAAUCCCGGCAUGGGGGACAUGAAGACCCCAGAUUUUGAUGACCUAUUGGCAGCAUUUGACAUUCCUGACAUAGAUGCCAAAGAGGCCAUCCAGUCUGCCCCAGAUGAGGCAGAGGGUCCCCAUGGAGCCACAGGAGCACCCCUGGGAAAGCCGGAUAGUGUGGUGGGUGUGGGGUCAUCCUUAAGGCCCCCAAGCCCCUCGGAUCCACAGGCAGACACUUCAAUUGUCAGUGUGAUUGUAAAGAAUAAAGUUCGGCUAGAGACUGCAGAUGGAGGGGAAGGAGACACAGACCAGGACCCCAUUGAUGUAAUCACAGGAGUAGACGUGGGUCCUCGUUUGGGUGCAUGUGCACCUGGAAUGGGUGAAUCUGAAGCUCUGAACCACAAUGGUUUCGGGGCAUCUGGUGUCUCUAGUUCCCUUGCAAUUGGCCAGGCUCAAUCGAAUGGAGCGCCUUGGUCGAUGAACACCCCUAAAGUGUCUUCAGAGGCAUCAAGCACUGGUGCAGCUAAGCCACACAAGCAGGGCGGGAACAUUUUCAACAGACUCAAACCGCUUGUGGCACAGGGUUCUGGGGAUCCAAUGGGCCGAGCGAGGAAGAUGCAGCUUCUACAGCAGCAACACCAACAGCAGCAGGAUACAGGUCAAGAGAGAGCAGACGGGGUUAAAGCAUCAUUACCUUCAUCCUCCUCUUUAUCAGCGGGGUCUUCUUCUCCCCUGGCUGCAGGAGGACCUGUUGGACUAGCUUCUCCCUUUUAUCCGCCUUCCAAACCUCUGCUUCCUACUCCGCCCUCUGCCCUUUCAUCACAUCCACUGCAUUCAUCUCAGCCUUUUAAUGGAGCUCCCAAAGGGGGCCCUGCUGGAUUUCAACACCAGCAGAUGGAGGAAGAUGAUUCAGAUCCAGACCUGGGGAGUCCACUGGUAAUCCAGGAGAACCCAGACUCACCAACUUGCACUCAGUUGAGCCGGCGCUACAAGUCUGAGUCAGCUCAGCCCACAUCCUCUACAGCAUCUCAUCCUAAACCUGGUGACACUCCUUCUGGGACAUCUCUGACUUCAUCUACCCCGCAGUCUGGUUCAACAGAGAGUCCACAGCUGGAGGACCGGCAUCCAGAGCAUGUCAUAGAGGAGAGAGACUCACCUGAGAGCCCUGAACCAGAGAUGCCAAAAUCUACAGCCCAAGGUGCAGCCAAGAGGUGCUCCAGUCCUGCCGUGGCCUCCAGUCCACCGCCUUCUGAACUUCGGGAGCCUAAGGAGGAGGAAGAAGAAAUGGAAGUGGGUAAUGGCAUAGAUAGGGUUGUUGAUGGAAAAGCUGAUGCAGGAAAGGGAGAAAAUGCCAGAACAGGUGAGGACAAAAUGGAGGUAGAUUAUAGCAAGCCUAAAAGCACCUCAGCUGUAGGAGGAGAUGCUGGUGUUGCUGCACCAGCAGCUUCUGGGACCCCAUCACGACCCCUUAAAGUUAGAAUAAAAACCAUUAAAACAUCCACAGGUGGAAUCACCAGAACUGUCACAAGAGUUGCAGCUAAAGGUGGUGCUGGGGCGGGAAAAAAUUUGGACCCUAAAGCUCAAGCUGGGGAACGUAAAAUAUUAGCAAAUAAAGCCCAGAAAGUUGAUGCUGGACAUAUGACAACAUCAUCCCAGAAAGUAAGUGCCCUCAAUGCUCUGCCAGUGUCCACACUCGCAGCCAGCAGCGUCAUGCUCGCUGCUGCUACGAAGGUUCAAAACAAAAUGGCUGCAUCUGACAAAGCCAAGGUGUCCGCCACUGCUGUUAGCAUCACUAAGUCUGCUGCGCUGCCUGUAACUCCCGCUGUGGCCUCAUCUCCAAAGUUUUCAGUUGCUGCUGGUGGAAUCAGUGUGAGAACAGCCACUAAUAAGACCGCCAACGGAGGUGGCGGCGCCAUCAUAACUGGCAGCCUGCAACCAAACAAGCCUGCGUCCAUCGUCAACAGUACGGGCGCCGUCAUCUCUCGCAGUCAAUCAAGUCUGGUAGAAGCUUUUAACAAAAUCCUGAACAGUAAGAACCUUUUGCCGAGCUACAAACCUGACCUCUCAGCGCCUCCACCUCCAGAAUGGGGACUCCCACUCCCAGCCACUGGAUACCGCUGUUUGGAGUGCGGAGAUGCUUUCGCCCUGGAACGCAGUCUGGCACGACACUACGACAGACGAUCACUGCGAAUUGAAGUGACAUGCAACCACUGUGCUAAGAGGCUGGCCUUCUUCAAUAAGUGCAGCCUGUUGCUGCAUGCCAGGGAGCAUAAGGAGCGUGGGCUGGUCAUGCAGUGCUCACACCUGGUUAUGAGGCCUGUCACUGUGGAGCAGAUGAUUGGACAGCAGGACAUUACACCCAUUGGUGGUCUGCUCUCCUCUUCGUCCUCCUCUCCUCCAGUCUCCUCCCCCUCUAACACUCCCGGGGCCCCCGCCGUCUCCGCCAACUCCAGCCCGAUGAAGGACCCUACAACUCCUGCAUCAGCCCAGUCUCGUCCAGUCCGCCGUGCACCUCAGGGCCCCCAAGCGCUGAUGCCUCUACCUUGCAAGAAGGCCGAGGGACUACAGUACAACAAUUUCAAAUGUCCAGAGUGCCAAACACAAUUCUCUGGCAAGGCUGAACUGGUCACACACUUCCAGCAGAUCCGUGCAGCUCCUAACUCAACAUGUACGCAGUGCUCGCCUCCCAUGAUGCUGCCGAACUCGUGCGCUGUGUCCGCUCACCAGAGGAUCCAUAAACACAGAGCCCCUCACGUCUGCCCAGAAUGUGGGGGUACAGCCCGCCAGGCCAGUUUCCAGACCCACCUGGAGGAGGCCUGUCUACAUUUUGCAAGACGAAUCGGCUACCGGUGUUCGAGCUGCCAGGUUGUGUUCGGUGGGUUAAACUCCAUCAAGUCCCACAUUCAGACGGCUCACUGCGAGGUCUUCCAUAAGUGCCCCAGCUGCCCCAUGGCCUUCAAGUCUUCCCCGAGCGCCCAGAGCCACAUCAGCACCCAACACCCGACGCUAACCGGAGGCCAGGCCAAAAUGAUCUACAAAUGUGUGAUGUGCGAUACAGUUUUUACCCAAAAACCCUUGCUGUACAUGCACUUCGACACUCAUUUAGCCAAGCAGAAAGUGCAUGUGUUUAAGUGUCCUGACUGCACCAAGCUCUACGCCCAGAAAGGUUCCAUGAUGGAACAUAUCAAGACUGCUCACAGAGGUCCAUCAGCCAAACAGGAAGCUCAGACCGACGCCUCGAACCCUGCCUCAGCUCCGGCCAACACAUCCGGACCCUCCGGCCUCAAGUCCAAAACCUCAGGAAAAACUGACAACUCCGACGGAGAGGACUGGGGCAGGGAACAGGAGGAAGAGGACGAAGAAGACGAGGAGGACGAUGAUGACGACGACUACGAAGCGCCCGGGGGUCACGCCGCUGCUGCAGGAGGCGGAGCUAACCCCACGGCCCAGUCUGAGUGGACCUGCCCCCAGUGUCAGACCACCUUCACUGACAACGAAGACUACCUGAGUCACGUGAAGAUGGAGCACGGCAAGUUCCCCUGCCGUAUUUGUGGAGGUACGUUCAGCACGUCUUCUAGCCUGAGACGCCACGAACGUGUCAUUCACGAGGGCAACAAACGAGUCUUCCAUUGCCAAUAUUGCACAGAAGGUAAACGCACCUUUGGUAGUCGGUUCUUAUUGGACAAGCACAUUCGUCUUCAUCACAGAACCACAGAUGGACAGGGUCCGCCCUUGACCAGGAAGCGUGCAGCCACAGGGGGAGAGGGUCCGGGCAGUUCGUCAGAGCACGACGGCGAGGGCGGACCUCCCGGAGGCCGAACAGGAGACGAAGAAGAAAACACCACAGAGGACGGCGGUGAGGAUGGGGGCGGUCCCGCAAAGCGAACCAGGGCGUCCGUGGCCUCGUCAUCAUCGUUGACGCCCGGUGAGCUGGAGGAAGAAGACAUUUUUCGUUGCGUCCCCUGCGGCUUCUCCACAGAGGACGGGGCGGAGUUUCAGCGGCACAUCCCCCAGCACCGAGCAGACACCGCCUCCUUCCAGUGCCUGCAGUGCGGUGUCUGCUUCGCGUCGGCGGGUUCCCUGGGCAGGCACCGCUUCAUCACCCACCGCGUACGGGACACCCAGAGCGACGCGGACCGCAGCACCCCGCGCGGCCACGGCUCCCCUGACGGUUCGCCCGCCGCCUCGCCGCAGGCGCAGGGCGAGGACGCGGACGGGAACCUGAACUGUAAGGUGUGCGGACGGCGUUUCGACAAAGCCUCGGACCUCAACACCCACUUCAGGACCCAUGGCAUGGCCUUCCUCACUGCCCACAAGACUGACAAGCCCCAAUAGAGAGGGGGGCGGACCCUCCAGAACAGACACUCGUGGUUAAAGAGGGCGUCUCGUUCGACCGAGACCAGAAGAUGUAGAAAAUGAAUGUCGAUGAAAGAGAGCUGCUCCUGUGCAGUUUUUUAGUCACCAUUAACACUUUUACUCUAUCUAUGGCACUUCUUCUGUGCGAUUGUAACUGCAUGUUUGGUCAUGUUACUGGUCACUUAACUGAACACAGUCUGUGAUAGACUCGUAGAGUGGAACGGCGCGCCAACAGCCCUCAGAGUAAAGCAUUUAUAUCGUAUCAGCCAUACCACGUCUAAUAUGUCCAUAUGUCCUCCCAUUUCCAUCACUGCACUGACUGUAGCCACCUGCCUGUUUGUUUACGUAACACGUAGCCCCUCCCACUGUACUCCUGUGCCCAUACUUUUUGUACUUCCCCCCUCGUAUUCAUACUUAUCAUUCGCCUCCAGUCUGUGCUGAUUUUCGGAUCAGUUUUCUCAGCUCCGUCUCUGCAUCAGAAGCUGCUAAAACUGAUCUCCUCUCACCUGAUCCUAGUACAUAGAAAACCCAAAAGGGGUUUUGCUUUAAGAAAUUGACACUGAUUUUUAUGUUGCUGAAAUGUUUAUUUAUACGAUGCACAUUGCUGCUGUUGGUAUCUGUGCGAGUCCGUUGCGUUAAAUCCGGACGCAACUGUGGGCGUAGCGCGAUUUACCUGCAACAGGGAAGAGAAUAUCUGAAGGCAUUUUAUUAGGAGAUGAGUUUAUUGAAGGUCUGUAACCUGUUCGGUGUGAAUACUGUGUGAUGUCGUUAAUCGUUAAGCUAGAAGAAGAAGAAGAGAGGUCAGGCUUAUUGCCAGUAGUAUAUGUGUACGAGUUUUGCCAUGUAAAUACAUAUAAUUACACUAAAGGAAAGUGCUCUGGUUUUAGUAACUUGCUAUGAUAAUGUGAAUACGUAUAGUAUUUGUACUUGUACUGUUCCCUUUUUCCAAACACAUUGAAGUAUAAAAGAAAAAAAAAUCCCCCCCCCAGAGGUAGCUAUACAUUGUAAUUACAAAACAGAGGGAGUGUGUGGGGGUUGUGUUGUCUUAAUGUGUAUGAAUACAAAUGUUUAUCUCUUUGAGACAGUUCUUUUUUAUCUACAGAAUCAGUGCUUGCUGUCCUCACAUUUCUUUUGUAUGUUACAAAAACAGCCUUCAUAAGUCAUGUGGUGGAGGCCUAUGGGUGGAUUUUUUUUGUUUGUAUCUUUUAUAUGUCAUGAUAUCAUAUUUAUAUAGCUCAAUAGUGGAAAUUUCAUGUCAUUUUCUUUUCCAUGGUUGUGGUCUGCUUGCUGAAAUGCCAUACACUUUUGUGCCGUUUCGAAAUAAAUGUGUAAAAGAGA